AUGGGCUGGGCAGCCGAACACAACCCGCAUUCGAUGAAGUCCGACUGGCACCAGAAGGACAGGAGCACGUGGAACUUUCACCAGCGCUUCAUCGACUACCUAAAUGUUAACCCCAUCAUCCCGAACACGCCACUCCCAAAGUAUCCCAAGACCGAGAAAAUGCCAUACAUGUCGCAACUGUCGCAGCACCUCUUCAUCGUCGUCUCCGCGUGCAUCCCCAUAAUCCUCCACCAAGCCUGGGUCACCCUGACCGGACACAGCCUCGGUAAAUGGGGCGCCUUCUUCCUCUACAACGCCGCCUACACAGUCGUCGCAAUCCGCGAAGUCCGCCUGCUGCGCCGCCUGACGUACAAAUACGGCUGCCUCGACGGCGACGUCGCCGACCGCGAUGGCAUCCCCAACACUGCCGUAGGCAAGAUGAUUGCAUCCCUGCACAAGACAACGGGGUUCCGUCUCGCUCUGGCUAUCCUCAUCACAUACAAUCCGACCGUCUCGCCCCUCACCGCGAUAAGCGAUCUCUCCACUUGGGCACCCUUCAUAACGAAACUCAGCCUGUACGGCGUCAUCCUCGACUUCUGGUUCUACGCCUACCACCGCGCGUGCCACGAGGUGCCCUCGCUUUGGAAAUACCACCGCACCCACCACCUAACCAAGCACCCGACGGCCGUCUUCUCGGCCUUUGCCGACGACGAGCAGGAGCUCAUCGAGAUGAUCCUCGUCCCUUUCCUCACCUUCGCGACCCUCUGGGUCGUGGGUCUCCCGCUGGGCUUCUACGAGUGGUGGAUCUGCCUCGAGUAUGUGACGUUCGCCGAGGUGCUAGGCCACAGCGGGAUCCGCGUGCACACGACUGUGCCGUCGCCAAUUACCUGGCUGCUGCAGCUGUGCGAUGCCGAGUUGGCGGUUGAGGAUCACGACUUGCAUCAUCGGCGCGGGUGGAAGAAGAGUUUUAAUUAUGGGAAGCAGACGCGGGUUUGGGACCGGUUGUUUGGGAGUUGUCUGGACCGGCUCGAGGCCAAGCCGGAUAAUAUUGAUUAUGGGACUGUGGUGUGGAUGCCGAUUUUCUAG